UGGGACUGUGAGCCCCGCCGUCUCGUGGAUCGGAUGACUCCUUUUCUUAUUUCUCUCUUUGUUUCUUCUACUACAAUAUCUUUUCUCUACCUUCCACUGCAGAACUAUCAAUAAGAGACAUUCUUCCAUCUAUCGAUACCGAUCGUAGUCGAGUCUCGUAUCUUAUCGCCCCGCUUCCCCACCAGAACCAUCGCCCGUCACCGUCAGCACGAUGGACACCCCCGUCGUCGACCACUCCUCUCUGGGCGCCUCGCCCACUGAACGGCGCAACUCGCUUGAGCGACACCUGCAGUUGCGUCCGGAGGCGAAGGAUCUGAAGGAUCGUCACAUCUUGUUGGAUACGAGCGUUGCUCCCUCCCUCCAAGCCGCCCGUCAAGACCUCGCCCGCCAGCGCACCACCGACGCCCUGAAGAAACAGCUCGAGCAUCGUCCCGAUCGGGAGGAACUGGUUGAGCGAAACAUCCUCCCAGACACAACCGCCGCCCCGGCCCUCCAGGCCCACGCCCGCGACCUCGACCGACAGAUGCGCGCUGAUCGCCUCGAUCAUAAGAUUCAGGAGAGGCCGAUGCCGGAGCAGUUGAUUGAGCAGGGGAUUUUGAGUCAGGAGGAGGAUCCGAGGAGGGGGGGUGUUUAGCCUUCCCUCAUUUAUCUGCCUAUCUGCUUAUCUACUUGGGGGAAAGGGUUUGGUUGUGGGUGAGUAGCUGGCUGGCUAGGUAGCUGGGCUUGGGAUGGCGUGAGAUGCAUGUUUUGUUU